AUGCCGCACUCCGUCCUCGCCCGCCUGCCCCACGGCUCCAUCCGGCUCGUCGUCGUCUUCGGGCUGCUGCUCCUCGUCUCGCUGCUCGUCCUCCACCGCCGCCCCGGGAGGUCCCAUGUGGCGGCCGCCGCCGCCGGCGGCGGCCUCCCCGAUACCUCCGCCCUGUUCCUGUCGCUAUCCCCGGGGGCCAACGCGAGCAUCGCGGCCGACCUCCGCGCGCUCACCGCGGGGCCGCACCUCGCGGGGACGCCCGCGUCGGCGGGGGCCGCCGCGCACGUGCUCGCCCGCCUCCGCGCCGCGGGGCUCCAAACCCUAACGCGCGAGUACGAGCCGCUGCUCUCGUACCCCGGGCACGCCUCCCUCGCGCUGCUCCGGCCCGACGGCUCCCUGCUCAAGCGCCUGUCGCUCGAGGAGCCCGCGGACGAGGGGCACCGCGUCGUUCCGCCGUACCACGCGUACGCGCCGUCCGGCGGGGCCGUCGCGGAGGCGGUGUUCGUCAACCUCGGCCGGGAGGAGGACUACGUCGCGCUCGAGAGGCUUGGGGUGGGCGUGCGCGGCCGCGUCGCGGUGGCGCGCCGCGGGGGCGGGUACCGCGGCGGGGUGGUGGCGCGCGCAGCGGAGAAGGGAGCCGUCGCCGUGCUCAUCGCCGGCAACGCGGACGGCGGCGUCGAGAGAGGAGUCGUUCUUCUCGGCGGCCCCGGCGAUCCGCUCACCCCCGGGUGGGCCGCCACCAGUGGUGCGGAGCGUUUGGGGUUCGACGAUAAGGCAGUCAAGCGGCGGUUUCCGACUAUCCCCUCCAUGCCGGUGUCGGCCAAGACGGCAGCAGCGAUCAUUCGAAGCCUGGGUGGUCCGGCCAUGCCGGCUGAAUGGAAGAACGGCCUCGGGGUGGAUGUCGGUGGCGUUGGACCUGGCCCCACGCUGGUCAACUUCACCUAUCAGGAGGUCAGGAAGUUUCGUAAGAUACGAGACAUUUUUGGUAUCAUAAAAGGACACGAAGAACCUGAUCGUUACGUGAUACUCGGUAACCACAGAGAUGCAUGGACCUAUGGAGCAGUUGAUCCUAACAGUGGGACAGCUGCACUUCUAGACAUUGCCCGGCGUCUUGGAAUGAUGCUGCAAUCAGGAUGGAAACCACAGAGGUCCAUCAUUCUUUGUAGUUGGGACGCUGAAGAAUUUGGGAUGAUAGGAUCAACUGAAUGGGUUGAAGAGAACCUCGAAGAUCUGCAUUCCAAAGCUGUAGCUUACUUGAAUGUUGAUUGUGCUGUGCAAGGUGUGGGAUUUUUUGCUGGCUCUACUCCCCAGUUGGACAAACUCUUGGUUGAUGUUACAAGACAGGUGAAGGAUCCUGAUGUCACGGGAAAGAUGAUUCAUGAUACAUGGAAUGAAAUGAGUGGUGGCAUCAAAAUAGAAAGGCUUGCUCGAACUGAUUCCGAUUUUGCUCCAUUUCUACAUCAUGCUGGAAUUCCCUCUGUAGACUUGUACUAUGGAGAAGAAUUUCCUGGUUACCAUACUGCUCUUGACACUUAUAAUUGGAUGGAAAAGCUUGGCGAUCCAUUGUUUCUUCGUCAUUUGGCUAUCACAGAAAUUUGGGGACUAUUAGCUCUUCGAUUGGCCAAUGAUCCCGUGUUACCUUUUGAUUAUCAAGCUUACAGUUCACAGUUACAGGAGCAUAUAAAAGCAUUUUCUGCCCUGACGAGUAAUAUCCAAGCAGUAAAUUUGAUGAAUGGAUUCAUCAAUGAUCUUUCUGCAGCAGCUAUGGAAGUUCUGAAGGAGAUGAAGAAGCUACAACAGCUGGAUUUAUACGAUGAGCACGCUAGGAUGAGGAGGCGAUUGUUGAACGAUCGCCUCCUACUUGCCGAAAGAAGCUUCCUGCAACCUGAAGGGCUCCAAGGAAGAGGGUGGUUUAAGCAUCUGUUGUACUCGCCUCCGGAGGAUUACGAAAGCAAGUUUUCGUUCUUCCCUGGGAUCGCGGAUGCCAUCUCGCGGUCGGCCAAUCUGAGUGACAAGGAACGAGAGGGGGCAAUGAAGCAUGAAGUGUGGAAAGUCUGCCGGGCAAUUCAAAGGGCCGCGAGUGUUCUUAGAGGUGAAUUCAGUGAGCAAAAACCGACGAAUUUUAGUUCUUUGGUGGCUCCAUGA